AGCUUAGGACACAGAUUCAGGUUGCUUUGACUGGUUCCGUUUAAUGUGGCGGGCUGUUUGUCUCUCAGUCCUGCAAAUAUGAAGAGACAGAAUCUGGCUGCUGCAAAUGUUAAAGAGUUUCCUGGCCGAAUAACACGUGCUCGAGCUGCUUCAUUAGAUACAUCCAGACAGUUUCCCCCAUUAAAAGCAUGCACACAACCCCCACAGCAAAGUCAGAAGCCGGGUUUGCGAGCGAAUAAAAAGAGAGCUUAUGUGGAUGAGAACAACGAGAAUAAGGGUGGUAAUGCAUGCAUCCAGAAUAAGAGGAGGGCAGUGCUUCAGGAUGUAACCAAUGCUUUCUGUAAACCUUCAUACGGGGACUGCUUCAAUGCAACUAAAGUUCAGGCUAAGAAAAGAAAGCCAGCUAAAAGAGCUCAGGCAAGGGUCACAAAAAUGACCCCUUCCACUGAUGUAGAUCUCAAAACGGAGGUUGUGCAUGAAACAGUAAAAACAGAACUUAUGCCUUCAAUGAAUUUGGAAGAUGGUGACAAACUUUUUCGUUCGGCUACCUUAAGUGGGGAUGCUAUAGCUAUCUAUCAGUUAGAACAUCAGAGUUCGGAAGUGGAUUCAGAAGCCUAUUGUCAUUCUAAUAAAGCAGAAAUUGGUAACCUUUUGAUGAACAUGAUCACAUCCAGUAAACUGGAUGUUGUUGAUAUUGAUGCUGGUCACAAGGAUCCUCAAUUGUGUAGCCUCUAUGCCCCUGAUAUCUAUAACAACUUGCGUGUUGCAGAGCUUUCCCGAAGGCCAUUUCCUGGUUUUAUGGAAACAAUUCAACGCGAUAUCACCACAAGUAUGCGGGGUAUUUUAGUAGAUUGGCUAGUUGAGGUGUCAGAGGAAUAUAAGUUGGUGCCAGAUACGCUUUACCUCACAGUAUAUCUCAUUGAUUGGUUUCUCUCCAAGAACUACAUUGAAAGACAGAGACUCCAACUGCUUGGCAUCACUUGCAUGCUGAUUGCCUCGAAAUACGAAGAAAUUUGUGCACCACGUUUGGAUGAAUUUUGUUUCAUGACAGACAACACUUACACGAAAGAGGAUGUAUUGCAAAUGGAGAAUCAAGUCUUGAAGUACUUAGGCUUUCAGCUUUUUGCGCCAACAGCAAAAAGUUUCCUCAGGAGAUUUCUUUUAGCAGCACAAGCUUCUUAUAAGAGCCCUAGCCUUGAGCUGGAGUGCUUGGCCAACUAUCUUGCCGAACUAGCACUGGUCGACUAUGGCUUUUUGAAGUUCCUACCUUCAAUGAUUGCUGCAUCAGCUGUGUUUCUUUCCAAAUGGACCUUAGACCAGUCUAGUCACCCAUGGAAUCCAAUCCUAGAACACUAUACCUCUUACAAGCCAUCAGAUUUGAAGAUUUCAGUUCUUGCUUUGCAAGAUUUGCAAUUGAACACAAAUGGCUGUCCUCUGAGUGCUGUACGAAUGAAGUACAAGCAACCAAAGUUUAAAUCCGUGGCGGCUUUAUCAUCCCCAAAGCUUCUUGAAACACUAUUUUGAAGACAAGUUUCAAGGGACAACU